AGGUGAGGUAAGUGGUUCGCCCGCGCUGUGGGGUUUUUAUUUGCUUCUCUUGGGUUUAUCUCCCUCUCUCUUGCUCAACGUCUUGCAUAUCACUCUCAACAUAUAGCGUGCUACUUUUCUUGGUGUCUACUUGCUCGUCUACUCGCCCGCGUCUGGUUUUCAGAUUGGGCUCGCAUUGCUAUCACAGGACUGUGGUUGGGAGAGUUGGAUCUUCGGUCGUACUUUCGUUUACGUUUUUUGGUCUUUUUGGGUUGCUUUGAUACUUGAGGACGUCACGGGAGGAUAAUAGGUCUGCAUACCGCUGCGAGGAGACGUGGUUAAAGAUACCUACUUCUCUCUCACCCCCCUCCUCGGUCUCUACACCAGUCGACGUGGAGAUAGAUACCUAUACUCCCCAUCCUCGGUCUCUAGACCAGUCCAUACACCGUCUAGAAGACUGAUAGGCAAGAUGAUGGCGAUGUCGAAUCCGGAUAGAUUGCUCUGAGCGAGUACGCAAUCGGAACUGACUCGCCCACUGCCAAAUCACGGAGACGGAUAAUACACACCUCCCACGCUCACGCAUUGGCAACGGAAGAGACCUGCACUCUGCACCCGUUUGGUUUGGAUAAGGGUCUCGAUCCCAUCUAUAGAGACACGUCAGACGCUCUCGGUCUUCUCUGUCAGAUUCGGACUCUGACCAUCUCCAUCUCAUCCCGCCGCCGCCACCGCCGUUUCAAACUCUCACUUCAAGACCCAUCGCCGUCGUCACCUCAGCACCGGCGACGACAACAGACUCGCCCAUCUACCAUCACAGCAACAGGCACAUGUAGCCACCUCCCCACCAUGGCCGAAACAGUAGAAUGCUGGUGGCUCGCCAAACGCGCCGACGACAUCGCCUCCGCCCUAACCCGUAUCCGUCUCUCCCUCACCUCCAGCUCUCACGCCGACAUAACCAACGUAAUCAGCGAAGUCCUUCACUCCGGCUCUCUCCUCCGCGACCUCUCCGAUCUUUUGAGAAUCUACCGCGACCGCGUCUCCCUCGUGCGCGGCUUCCUUGGCAUCCUGGCGCCCUGCUUUGAGAGGAGUGUGGAGGAUAUCAGGUAUUUGCUGGGGGCGAAGGGGAGUUUGAGGCAGGUGUGGGGGGGGAUUGUGGAGAGGAUGGAGAGGGAAGGGGGGGGGAGUUUGUAUACGAGGUUUAUUAUGUAUAAUGGGUAUAUGGUGCAGUUGGUGAGGUUGUUGAGUAGGCCUUCGAUGUAUGAAGCUACGGUCUUGAAAUCUCUUAUUGAGAAGACGUUGCGGUUGAGAGCUGCUCGUGGGAUUGAAGCUCCGCGAAUCCUCCCCCUCCUACCCCUAUCCUCCCAAGUCCGGAUCCAACAACCAGGCCGAAUUCACUGGGCUCAGCAGAUUUUUGAUCGUAAGCACGCGAUGACGAGGAUGAGGCAUCAAGUUGUAUCAUGCUGCUACGCCCCCUCCAUGCCCGACGCCGCCCUCGAAAUCCCUCCCGGCUCGACGGUGCUGUUCAAACUCAAAUUCAACCAAAACACCCUCUCAGUAGUCCUCUACCUCCCCCCCUCCCCCCCCACCGCCGCCCGGCUCCUCUGUCGCUGGACCGCUCGCGACGGUUCCCCGGCUUACGCAUCGCGCGGUCUCCACGAGCUACGCAUAAAAAGGAAGGGAUGUGCGUUGAAGCUUGAACGGUGGUCGGCGGAGAGGGGGAAGCCGGAGGAGUGGUUGGUGCUUUAUUUUAAGGGGUGGGAGAAAAUGGUCCUCUUCCACGACGUCUUCGCGGUGCUCAAACAGCACUGUCCACGCACCGUAAUGUGCGACCCCGAAGAACUGAUGCUGGGAGAAGAACGAAAAUUAUUCCGCGGCCGCAUAACCACCCCCACAACCCCCCAAAUCCUAACCCUCUACCACGACAAACUAACCUCCUCCCCCCGCCUCUCCGCCACCCACCCCAGCGGCCCCCUAAAGCGCUCCCCCCUCUGGACAGCCUUCAUCCCCGCCUCCUCGCUGGACGCCUCGAACAUCAAACGACAUGGCCGGAAAGUGUUACUGAAGAAAUUGGAUAUGAAUGUUUAUGAGAAUGAGUAUGAGGGGAGGAGAGGGAGGGGGGGGGAGGUGGUUUUGGGGUUUUGUGAGGAGACUGAUGCGGAGGCGUUCCUGACAGCCUGGAAAGCGCUGGCGAAGGAAGCAGCGCUGUGAAGACGCCGAGGCACUCCUGAGUGCCUGGCGCGCCCUGCCGGAAGAAGAGGCGCUGUGAAGGUUAGGAAUGAUUUGAGGGACUUUUUUUUUUUUUUUUAAUGAAGGGAAAUCUAAAUUGUUUAUAUACGUUUUGAGAGAUUAGGAAGGGAAGGGGGAGAUAUGCAUUUUAUAAUCCAAAUUGUAAUUUUUCACGUCAUAGUCACUAAAAU